GAAUCACCGCAACGGCCAAGACUCAGAGAUGGAGGUCAUGGUGAGGAGAGACCGGAACCAUCCCAGCAUCAUCAUCUGGUCGGUUUGCAACGAGAAUCUUUGCCACUCCGACCACGUCGUGGACGACGCCCGGCGAUUGCAGGACUUGGCCCACCGCUUGGACCCCCUCAUGGGACGCCUCGUCUCCGCCAACUACAACGAGUUCAACGGCAACAAGACGCCCAUGGACCUUAUGGGCUUCGAUUAUGGCCCCGAGAUGUACGACCGCUGGCACGCUGAAGCGCCUUGGAAGCCAUCGAUUUCCAGCGAGACCUCCUCCGCCUACUCCGACCGAGGCCUGGUGCAGAACGACCCCAAGACCGGCCACGUGCGAGACUAUGAUACCGAGCAUCCCUCCUGGGGGCAGACAGCGCAGGUGGCCUGGCAGGCCAUCCUCAGGCGCCCCUUCGUGGCGGGUGGCUUUACCUGGACUGGCUGGGACUACCGGGGGGAGCCUACGCCAUACGCCUGGCCGGACGUGAGCUCACACUUCGGGAUCCUGGACAUGGCGGGCUUCUGGAAGCACCGCGCCCAUUGGUACCACGCGUGUUGGACCUCGGCGUCUCCGCCGGCUUUGCACCUGCUGCCCCACUGGAACUGGGCCGAGAACCAGACCGUGGAGGUGUGGGCGUAUUCCAACGUGGAAGAGGUGGAGCUGAUCCACCCCAGCGGCAGCUCCAUGGGUCGCCGCUUUCCCGUCGCCGGAAAUUGCUCCCACUUCGAAUGGCCGGAGGUGCGUUUCCAGGCGGGCAGCCUACGGGCGCGCGGCUACGUGAACGGCCAGGUGGUGGCCAUGACAAGCGUGAGCACCACGGGCCCUGCGAGCGCUCUGAGGGUUGCCUUCAAAGAUGGGCUCGGGGCGGUGCCCAAGAGCAAGGAAGUGGCGCUGAUUUCCAUCGAGGUCGUCGAUCAGCACGGGAACUUGGUGCCUACAGCCUCCAACGUCAUCACUGUGACAGGCCUCGCAGGCGCCACUGUGCUGGGCACUUGCAGCGGGGACCCGGCCGACCAGGUGCCCAACGCGUCGCCUUGGCGCAACGCCUUCGGUGGCCGACUGCUGGCAGUGGCCCGUGCUGCGCCCGGGGCGCGGCUGGCAGUGACGAGCCCGGGUCUGCCCACUGCGGAGCUGCAGUGGCCCUCGACUUUGGUGGUGUGACUGGCGAAUGACCCCUACCAAGGGAAACCUGCCUUAAAUGCG